AUGACGACCUUGGACCAUGUGAUCGCUACCCAGCAGUCGGAGUGGGUCUCCUUUAGUGAGGAUCCACUCUUCCCCGUCUCUUCUGAGGGGGCCACCGAAGAGCACCUUGCGGGCCGGUCUUCAUCCUCAGACCAGUCCGAGAGCUCCUCCGGGGAGAACCAUGUGGCGGAUGGAGGCUCUCAGGACCUCUCCCACUCGGAGCAGGAUGACUCCUCCGAGAAGAUGGGCCUCAUCUCUGAAGCGGCCUCUCCUCCCGGGAGCCCUGUGCAGCCCCCGCCUGACCUGGCCUCGGCCAUCAGCAGCUGGGUUCAGUUUGAAGAUGACACGCCCUGGACCAGCACUUCACCACCUCCUCCUAAAGAAGCAGGUGGGACAGGCCUACCAUUGACCUUGCCCUGCUGGACAUGCCCUUCCUUCAACUCGCUGGGGAGAUGCCCUCUGACCUCUGAGAGCAGCUGGACCACACACUCUGAAGACACCAGUAGUCCUAGUUGCGGCCCCUCAUACACAGACCUGCAGCUCAUCAGUGCGGAGGAGCAGAUGAGUGGAAGGGCAUCUAGGGCCGACUCUACAGACGAGAGGACGGAGUGGCAGACAGGCAGGCAGACGGCGGUGAGUCCUGUUCAGGCUUGCACGGAGCAUACCUCCACCCGCACCCACGGCCUGGACCCCUCGCCACCCUCACCCCACUCCAGGAGCAGCCAGAGCCCGUGUGAGGGUCCAGAGGGUCCAGAGGGGACCUCCACUCCCAAUGACAACUCUUCCUCACUCCAGGAAGAUGAAGAGGUAGACAUGGAGGCCAUCCGCUGGCAGGCCAGCAGCCCUGUCAUGAAUGGGCACGCUGCCACUCCGGUGACCUCUGCCCGUUUCCCCAGCUGGGUCACUUUUGAUGACAAUGAAGUCAGCUGCCCUUUGCCACCCGUCACCACUCCUCUGAAGUCAAACACGCCAUCUAUUGCAUCUGUGACCCCAGAUGAACCUUAUUACUCAACUGGCUCAUUUAAGAAAAGGGAACGUCCCAAGAGCACGUUAAUGAACUCCAACAAAAUUCAGAAGCUGGACGUUUCCUCCUUAAACCAUCCGCCUCCCAUAGCUGAGGCUCCACCUUGGAGGGCCACCAACCCUUUCCUGAAUGAGACUCUCCAGGAUGUACAACCCUCCCCAAUCAACCCUUUCAGUGCUUUCUUUGAGGAGCAGGAGAGGCGCUCCCAAACCAACUCCACAUCUGGCACCACAGGCAAAAGCCAGAGGGACUCUCUCAUUGUCAUCUACCAGGAUGCCAUCAGUUUUGAUGACUCAAGCAAAAACCGGUCACACUCCGAUGCUGUUGAAAAACUCAAACAACUCCACAUUGACGAUCCCGAUCACUUAGGCAGUGCGACAUUGCCCGAUGAUGACCCCGUAGCCUGGCUCGAACUCGACCACCCGCCUGGCUCAGCACCUUCCCAGCCCAGGGACGGGUGGCCAAUGAUGCUAAGGAUCCCCGAGAAGAAAAACAUCAUGUCCUCCAGACACUGGGGACCCAUCUACAUCAGACUGACAGCUGCUGGUUACCUGCAGCUGUAUUACGAGCAGGGCCUAGAGAAACCAUUCCGAGAGUUCAAGCUGGAGAUCUGCCAUGAGAUUUCAGAACCCCGGCUCCAAAACUAUGAUGAGAAUGGCAGGAUCCACAGCCUGCGGAUAGACAGAGUCACAUACAAGGAAAAGAAGAAAUACCAGCCCAAACCUGCUGUCGCCCACACAGCCGAGAGGGAACAAGUGAUUAAGCUGGGCACCACCAAUUACGAUGACUUUCUGAGCUUCAUCCGUGCGGUCCAGGACCAUCUCAUGGACCUGCCCGUGUUGUCCAUGGACUUGAGCACAGUCGGCUUGAACUACCUGGAAGAGGAGAUUACCGUGGAUGUCAGGGAUGAAUUCUCUGCCCUCGUGAGCAAAGGGGACCACCGGAUUCUCCAGCACCACGUCUUGACACGGAUCCACAUCCUGAGUUUCCUCUCGGGGCUGGCAGAGUGCCGCUUGGGCCUCAACGACAUCCUGGUCAAAGGGAACGAAGUCGUUUCCCGGCAAGACAUCAUGCCGACCACCACCACCAAGUGGAUCAAGCUCCACGAGUGCCGUUUCCACGGGUGUGUGGACGAGGAUGUGUUCCACAGCUCCCGGGUUAUCCUGUUCAACCCUUUGGACGCAUGCCGCUUCGAGCUGAUGCGCUUCAGGACAGUGUUUGCCGAGAAGACCUUGCCUUUCACGCUCCGGACGGCUGCGAGCAUCAACGGGGCGGAGGUGGAGGUGCAGAGCUGGCUGAGGAUGUCCACCGGCUUCUCCUCCAACUGUGACCCCCUCACUCAGGUUCCCUGUGAGAACGUGAUGGUUCGGUACCCUGUGCCCAGUGAGUGGGUGAAAAACUUCCGCAGGGAAAGCGUCCUGGGGGAGAAGUCUCUGAAGGCCAAGGUCAACCGGGGGGCCAGCUUUGGUUCCACCAGUGUGUCUGGCUCGGAACCUGUCAUGAGAGUGACUCUGGGGACUGCCAAGUACGAGCACGCCUUCAACUCCAUCGUGUGGAGGAUAAACCGGCUGCCUGACAAGAACUCAGCUUCUGGUCACCCACACUGUUUCUUCUGUCACCUUGAACUUGGCUCGGACCGGGAAGUGCCUUCCAGAUUUGCCAGUCACGUGAAUGUCGAGUUCAGCAUGCCCACCACUUCAGCCUCUAAAGCUGCUGUAAGAUCCAUCUCUGUGGAAGACAAGACGGACGUCAGGAAGUGGGUCAAUUAUUCCGCACACUACAGCUACCAGGUGGAGAUUGAGCAAAAAAAGAGUUUGAAGCCGGACUUUGAAGGAGAUGAAGUGGAAAACCCCAAGGAGUGUGGGAUCCAGUGA